GCUUCCGGCUGGUGUUGCUUUGUCGAGGCAGGUCUUGCAUAGGGACAGCAGUGCCCAUACCCCUCACAGAGGGUGCACCAGUCUGGGGGAACUUCCAGACAUCCCCACCAGCGGUGCUCUUCCUGGCAACACUAGGGCUUCCAGGGCUCCUCCCCCUCUUGCUGCUUUGUCGUUGCCACUGCCGCCUCCCCAUUUUCGAUAAGUUUUUUUUUUUCAGGAUGUGUCGGGGUCGCGCUCUCCCGCUUGUCACCAAAUGUGACAGACCCGGAGGCAUAAUGAAUUACGCAUUUGAUAGGGAGAAGUCAAAGGUCUGGUUUUCUUCUUUGUACUGUGUGCAUUUCUGAAAUGUACAGUACCUUUUCGAUAUGGAACACGAACCAGAAGCUGAGAAUAUUUCCAGGACAUUAAUGUACCAUGUGGACCGACCUGUAUAUAAUGAGGGAUACAUCGAAACAGGGCUGCUGCAUAGGAAGCAAAAGAAACCACAGACAAUAAAACAAAAGUUAUCUCAGAAUCUUCGCUGUUCUUCCAAGAAAUUGCAGUCGGCUGUGUAUAGUUUCUUACCGAUUCUGACAUGGCUACCCUCAUAUCCAGUAAAGGAAUAUUUGUUGGGAGAUAUUAUUUCUGGCUUGAGUACUGGAGUAAUGCAACUACCUCAAGGUUUAGCUUAUGCAAUGCUGGCAGCUGUGCCUCCUGUCUAUGGCCUUUAUUCAUCUUUCUAUCCAGUCCUGCUGUACACCUUCUUUGGAACCUCAAGACACGUAUCUAUAGGCACUUUUGCUGUGAUAAGCCUGAUGAUCGGUGGAAUUGUGGUCCAGGAAGUUCCUGAUGCAAUGUUUGACAUUGCAACAGUUAAUGGAACCAAUAACACGGACAAUCAGCUGGCACGGGAUGCCAUGAGAGUAAAGGUAGCAGUGGCUGUUACUUUCCUUACAGGAAUCAUUCAGUUUUGCUUGGGUCUUCUUCGGUUUGGCUUUGUUGCCAUCUACCUGACAGAGCCCCUGGUCCGAGGGUUCACAACAGCAGCUGCUGUGCAUGUGGUGGUGUCACAGCUAAAGUACCUCUUCGGGAUAGAAACUAAACGUUACAGUGGGCCUUUAUCAGUCAUAUAUAGCUUCAUUGCAGUAGUUUCGAAAAUUACAACAACCAAUAUUGCAGCAAUAACUGUUGCAUUAAUUUGUAUUGUGUUUCUGGUGGGGGUAAAAGAAAUCAACGAACGCUUUAAAAAGAAGUUGCCAGUUCCAAUACCUGGAGAGAUUAUUGUGGUGAUCAUUUCAACUGGUGUCUCAUAUGGGAUGAAACUCCAUGAGAACUAUAGCAUAGAUGUUGUUGGAGAAAUACCUGUUGGGCUCCUUCCUCCUGUUGUUCCAGAUUUCAGCAUAUUUACUGCCGUAAUAACAGAUUCCUUCGCCAUUGCAAUUGUGGGCUUUUCUAUGGCUGCAUCAAUGUCCAAAAUCUUUGCUCUUAAACAUGGCUACACUGUUAAUGGCAAUCAGGAGCUGAUCGCAUUAGGCUUGUGUAAUUUAUCAGGAUCAUUUUUUCAGACAUUUGCUGUCACCUUCUCAAUGUCCCGUAGCCUUGUCCAGGAGAGCACAGGAGGGAAAACUCAGAUUGCAGGAUUAUUGGCCUCCAUUGUGGUUCUCCUAGUUAUUGUGGCUCUCGGUUUUGUCUUUGAAACUUUACCUCAAACAGUUCUGGCAGCUAUUAUUAUGGUGAAUUUGACAGGGAUGUUUAAACAGUUCAGAGACAUCCCUUUGCUCUGGAGAACCAGCAGGAUUGAACUUGCAAUAUGGUCUGUGGCUUUUGUUGCAUCUGUUCUCCUGGGAUUAGAUUAUGGACUUCUUGUGGCUGUUGCAUUUGCAGUCAUCACUGUUAUUUACAGAACUCAAAGUCCAAAAUAUACAAUUCUUGGCCAGAUCCCACAGACAGAUUUAUACUAUGAUACUGAAGAGUACGAGGAGGUAAUGGAGCAUUCUGGUAUUAAAAUAUUCCAAGCAAAUAGCCCGCUGUACUUUGCCAAUAGUGAACUUUAUGUUAACGCCCUAAAAAAAAAGACAGGAGUGGAUCCUGUUGUGUUGCUAGCAGCGAAGAAAAAAAGUCAGAAGAAACAAGAAAAGGCAAAAAAACAAACAAAGACAACUAACAAGAAAAUAAACUCAGUUGUUAAACUUACCAAUGAUCAGGAGAUGGGCGUCAAACAUGAGCUUAUGGACGGAGAGACUCACACAGUCAGGAAUGGUCAGUUUGUAACUGCUAACGGAGACGGAGAGGCAGGCUGCGAGCAAUCCUUGAGCUUUUUGGACCAACUGACGGGUGUUCACUCUAUUAUUUUAGACUUCACUCCUGUCACCUUUAUAGAUUCCGUUGGAGCAAAGGCACUUAAAUCUAUCAUGAAAGAAUAUGAUGAAAUUGGUGUGACAGUGAUUGUAGGAGCCUGCAGCAGAGCCGUAAUGGAGGAUUUCAGCAAACUUAAUUUCUUUGAUAGUUCCAUCACCAGAGAUCUUGUCUUCCCAAGUGUUCAUGAUGCUGUGCUGUACUGCCAGCAUAAAGGAUCUGUCGACUCCUUGGAGUAACUAAGAUGAUGACAUUGAGCUAAGCCCUGCAUCUAGUGUGACAAUAAGACAUAGAGAUUACAAGAGGUUAUUUGUUAAUCUGUUAAAGUGCAGUUUUAUUUUUAUUGGGUUUUGGAAAAUAGAUCUACUUUUUUUAAAAGCAGGGAUGUGGGGUUUUUAUUUAUUUAUUUAUUUUAUUAAAAAUGUUCCAGUAUAAGUGUAUUGAAAAUAUAUUCUAUAUAGCUGUGUAUCUUUUAUGAUGCACUCAUCUGAUGAUGCUGACUAUAAUGUAAUGUACUAAAUAGGAAGAGAGAGAGAGAUGUGUCUUUUUAAUAGGGAAGGCUGUAAGGUUUUUAUGCUGUACUUUGAGGCUGCUUCCUUGGGCUCUGUAGUCUAAUUGUGUACUGUAGCCCUUCACUUCAUUAGAAAGCUGCUUAAACUGAAGCUUUUACUGUUAGGGGUUUUAUUUUGUGUUUUAAAGUAAAUGUGGUAAUUUUUAUACAUGUGAUGAAGUUAUAAUCUGAUUACAAGAAUGUACAUUUUACAUGAGCUGCCUUACAGAAUAACUUGGCAGGACUCUGCACUAUUAGAACAAAAAUAUAGGUUUAGUUACUUCUAAGAGUCGAAACUUUAGCUGGUCAAUUUAACUAUAUGCCUUGUUACAGUACUUUGCUUUUCUUCAAGCUACUUUUUUUUAAGUAAAGGUGGUUUAACAAGAAGAAAAAAAAAACUGGAAAUAAUUUAUGUUUUUAAAGUCACUGUAUUUGAAUAUCUUGUAUAAUAUCAGAAACAUUACUUAUUUUGGGAAGGGUUUAAUCACUGAACACGUACGUCCUAUGAAUUUUGCUGUAGCUUUGUUAACAUGUACUGUACAUGUUUCAUUUCUGUUGGUUAGACUUAGUUAAGGAAACUUUAACCAUUAAAAUAAAUGUCAUUAUCAAGGCCAGUGGAACUAUAAAAUACAAUUUAGGGUCUGGAGUGAAAAAUAAAUGAAUAAUAAUAAUACAUAUGGGUUCUAUUAAUUCCUCUCAACUGAUGAAACACAUCAGUCUGGUUGAAUAUUGACCUUGCCAGAUUCUUUGGGUUGUUUUUGUUUUAUUUUGGAGACACUUUGUUUCAGUUUUGAUUAUGCCUGACAGGAUUCAUAGCUUUAUCUAUCAAAUCAUUAGACACAUGGAAGUACUAAAGAAUGUUUUGUAAACUUUUUGUUACAAAGCUUGUUGUUUGAGACAAAAAUGUCAUUCAUUUUGUCAAUUGGGUAGUGCCAUAUUUAGGGAUUUUAAUAAUUAUUUAUAAUUCAGGGUUACCAAAUUAAGUCUGAGCUAUGCAUGUGUAAAUUUCUACAAAAAGUUUUCCCGACUGCUGGUAUAAUAUGCAGUAUUUUGUAUUCUAUUUUUGUGUGGCGUAAUGUGUGCUUACUGCCCCAGAAUUAAUAAAAUACUUUAUUUUUGUAAAAACAUACAUUUUUGAUUCAACAUGCAUCAGUAUAAAGUUCUAUUUCAAGAAAGUGUUUUGAUAAUUUGUUUGGUGUGUUUAUGUUAAUAUUAAUCAAAUAGUGUGUG